AUGCGCAAGAAAGGACAAGCGAGUGAAGAAGGUGGAGGGGAAGAAUGCGACGGAAUUUGGGGGAGAAGCAACACGCGCCCGUCCGCUAACCCCGAACGGUCGACGCGUUUUGCAUACUUCACCCACCUCGCUCGACUCGCUGCUCUUGCUUCAUCGCCGUCCACCAUGGAAGAAGAAGAUCCCGUAUCCGAUGUUUCCAAACAAUCUCUGGAUUCAACUUUUAUCCCUCCCAGUGUAGACACCGCUCGUCUACUGGCUGGCGAGUCCUACGCCUAUUACACGCCAUGCCCGACGGCAGUCAUCCCUCAAGAUAUAUCACCCACUACGCGCGAUCAAGUCCAGACUACACCCUGUGUUUUGGGCAUUGAUGAAGCCGGCCGAGGUCCCGUUCUUGGACCCAUGGUGUACAGCGCCUUUUUCUUGCCCAGCGAACUUCACCAUUCCCUGUUGGCUCGCGACCACAGCUUUGACGACAGCAAGGCGCUGACUCCUGGGGUGCGCGCAAACCUAAUGCGGUGCUUGAAUACCCCGGGGCACCCAUUAUUCCAGUCGUGUGGAUACGCAAUCAAACUGUUAUCUGCUCGCGAUAUAUCCUCGGGCAUGAUGCGGCCCGGCGCCGCGGCCUACAACCUAAACGCGCAAGCAAUGGACGCGACAAUCGAGAUCGUCCGCGGUGUGGUCGAAGACCGAGGGAUAGAUGUACGCGAGGUCUACAUUGACACAAUCGGCAACCCCGCCACCUAUCAACAAAAGCUGGAGCGAAUCUUUCCAUCCUUGAAGAUCACGGUGGCCAAGAAGGCGGACUCAUUAUACCCGUGUGUGAGCGCUGCCAGUGUGGCAGCCAAGGUGACCCGUGAUGUGGCUCUAGAGGUCUUAUACGAGGCAGUACUUCGUGCCCAACAGCCACUCGACGACACGUCUAACCCUGGUUGGGGCAGUGGUUAUCCCUCAGACUCCAAGUGUGUCGGCUGGCUCCGACGAAACAUGGAUCCUGUUUUCGGAUGGGGUAAUGAGUGUCGAUUCAGUUGGGGUACGGCGAAGGAGAUGCUCGAGCUGAAAGGAGGUGCGCGCGUGGACUGGCCGGCCGAGGAGGACGAUGGGGGCACGCGGCUCAGCGAAUUUUUGCUGGCGUCGGGCCCGGGAAAGAGCUCUACUCGAGAAGGACUACGGGAUUGGUAUGGUCAUAAGCAAGCAGAGAUCCUCUGA